AUGGUUGCAUUUGCAAUAGCUACGAAAAAGAAUGUUGAUGGACCAUCAAUGAAGGACAGGAGAGGUGGUAGAGCUGCUUCCUUCAACAUCAUUCCCAGCAGCACCGAUGCUGCGUUGGCUGUUGGAAAGGUUCUUCCUGCCCUCAAUGGGAAACUAACCGGAAUAUCCACCCGAGUUUCAACUGUUGAUGUAUCUGUCGUGGACCUCACCGAAAAGCUCGAGAAGUCCGCACCAUAUGAUGAGAUCAAAGCUGCUCUUAAGGGAAUUUUGGGUUACAUUGAAGAAGAUGUCUCCACAGAUUUCAUUGUCAUUGGUGACAGCAGGUCGAGCAUAUUCGAUGCCAAAGCCGGUAUUGCUCUGUACGGGAACUUGGUGAAACUCGUUUUCUGGUAUGACAACGAAUGGGGUUACAG